CGGGCGCGCGCACGCGCAUCGGGGCCUCCACCAUGGCGACCGUGCUGUCCAGGGCGCUCAAGCUCCCGGGGAAGAAGAGCCCAGACCUGGGGGAGUACGAUCCCCUCACCCAGGCUGACAGCGACGAGAGCGAAGAUGAUCUUGUGCUCAACUUGCAGCAGAAGAACGGAGGGCUCAAAAACGGGAAGAGUCCUCUGGGAGAAGUGCCGGAGCCUGACUCAGAUGCCGAGGCCGCAGGGGCUGCAAAGCCACACCUUUCGGAAGUCACCACAGAGGGCUACCCCUCGGAACCCCCGGGAGGCCUGGAGCAGAAGGCGACCUCUUCCCUGGUGUCGUACGUGCGCACAUCUGUCUUCCUGCUGACUCUGGGCAUCUCAAUGAUCCUGGUGCUCCUGUGUGCUUUCCUGAUCCCCUGUCCUCCCAGAGACCUGCACAGCACCUGGAGCCGCCACCUGGGCUCCCAGGGAGGUGGCGACCUGUCUCCACUGGAACUGGCUGAUGUGAAUGGAGACGGCCUGCGUGACGUGCUUCUCUCCUUUGUGACAUCGAGGAAUGGGAGCGCAGUAGGUGUCUCAGGACCAGCUGCUAAUCUUAUGUGCCUUUCGGGGAUGAAUGGCAGCACCCUGUGGUCGAGUCCCCUCCCCGAGGAGGCCCGAGAUAUCACGUGCUUGGACCUGGUGCCAGGAGGUUCGGCUGGAACCGUCUGCCUGGUGACAGGAACUCACAAGAUGCUCAGCGCAUUCAAUGCGACGUCAGGGAAAGCCAUUUGGACUUUAAACUCAAACUACUUGUCCAACGGCACCUUGGCUGCCCCGGUCGUGGUGUUGCCAGACUUGGAUGAAGAUGGCGUUAGAGAUCUUGUGGUUCUGGCCAUUGGAGAAUUGCAGCCGGAUCUGUGCUUUCUGCUGGUGUCUGGCCAGACAGGAAGUCCACUGGGCCGACCUGUGAAGUACAACAUCGUGGGCGUUGGGAAUCUGAUUGGUCCCCAGGUUUACAUCACCACAAAUGGGGCUGUCUACAUCCUGUUUGGCUUUGGAAAUAUACAAGCUGUCGCCCUGCGGGACAUUUUUGUUCAGGCCCAAAAUCGAGACAGCUCACCACCUUCUCUGCAGAUAGAAGAGCCAGAAUGGGAGAAGCGAAGAUCCAUCAACCUGUCUGAGCUCAUUGACGUGUACAGUGAUGGUGUCGAGCUGCUCCAGAUGGUGAAGGCACCAGAUUCCAACUGCAGCAACCUUCUGAUUACAACCAGACAAGGCCUCGUCCUGCUCCGGGGGCAAAAUCUUACACCCUACUGGACAUUGAGCCUUCAAGGCCUGCACAGCCAGCCUACGCCUGGGUAUUUCACGGAUGAUCACAGGUUAGACUUCCUUCUGCAGAUACAGGAUGGAGUUGGGAUGAAAAAGAUGAUGGUGGUGGAUGGUGAAUCUGGCUCCAUGGUUUGGAGUUACAGUGUUCCGUGUCACAUGAAAGAAACGCCAGCCACUUCAGCAGUUACCUCAGACCAGAAGUCUGUCUUCCUCUUCUGGGCGGAGGGGCUGUCAGCUGCAUCUCCCAACUCCGAUGCUGUCCUAGGCACGGAGCCAUCCAGCCUUUACCAUCUGUACCUCCUGCAUCCAGCCUUCCCCUCCAUGCUCCUGGAUCUGGCCAACACCACGGGCACAGUGACGGCUUCACAGGUUGGAAUUAACGACCUCUGGAAAGAUGCCUUUUAUGUUACCAGGACAACAGGACCAAGCUCCGAAGGCCAUCCAGCAACCCUGGUGGUCAGCAAGCUUAGUCUGCGGUGGGCACUGAUGGAGGGCCAGGUGGCCCAGCUACGGGAGACCACCCCCAAAAUUGGCCGUGGGGAGUUGCGGAGAUUCCUCUCUAGGAUAAAGUUUGUUGAUGCUCCCUGUGAGAUCUAGUCUGAUGGAAUCUUCAGUUUCAGAAGAUGUGAACAGAAUGGAGACCCUCUCUCUCCUGUCGGUGUAUAAUCAGUUCUCUGGAGAGAAGGAAGAGUGUUCUAGCCUCAUGUUACCACCUCCACCCGACUGUUGCAGAGCACUUUGGAGUUCUUUGAUAACAGCAUGAUCCAUUCGGCUGGGCAUCUUACCUACUACCUUGUCAAUCCCCGCAUUAACUCCCUCUAGGAACCGUGUAUGGAUAGUUUGGAAAUGUGAAUCUUAUAAGUGUUUUAUUUUUUUGUGUGUCUAAUUUAUAAACUCUUGCUGGGAAAUCCAGUGAAGUCUACGAGUAGGAAACCUCUUG